GGAGGCGGAGCGGCCCGGAGGGUCGGGCGUCUUUCUGAAACUGCCCUGCUCUCUCUCUCUCUCUCUCUUAGGAAACAACACAGGACUAAAUAAGUUAGCAAGCGGUGGUGUGGGCACCUUAGCUUAACCGUUUAUCUUCUUUAAAAAUCCUUUCAAACAAACGUUUAUAACCAGCGAUAACUGAACCAGAGAGAAAAACGACGCUGCACUCUUCUUCCUGGACAGGACACUUUGCCUUGGCCCAUUUCUUCCCUCCUGUGCAGACGAAAGAGUGUGAAGCUGACUAAUUCAAGCACCAAGAUCAACCAGUCAUUAUGUUCCUUGACUUGUCAAAACUAAGCUGAGAGGUGGGCCUCCUGAUCCAGGGAGAGGGAUUUAUUCUCCUUCUGCAUUCCUGAUGGAGUCGUACAGAGUGACUGGCAUUCCCAACAGCGGACCACAGCGGGGCCACACUCAGCUGUCCCGCCCCUCCAGGCCCCACAGUAAUGGAGCUGGUACAUACGGUCUCAGCAUCCGUGUCCAGGGUAUAGAUGGACACCCCUACGUAGUUCUCAACAACCAGGACAGGGGUCCUCACUCCUAUAUCGACCCUAACAGUAACGGGUACAUCAACACAGAGGGCUCUUUUAUUGAGAACUUUGAGGAGUAUGAUUUUAGGGGAGGAAAGGAGGCUGGAUCCAGCAGCCCCUUCAUGGAGUACAGGUCUCAGAAGAUGAUGCAGUACCCUGGGUCUCAAAAUGGUGUCGCAGAUUCACAAGGAAAGAAACCAUCCACCCUUCUGAACUUUCAGAAGCACCCUGAGAUACUGCAGCCGUAUGAUCCAGACACCAACUCCCUGAACCUUGAUUGUAUCCGCAGCCUGCCUUCAAGGCCUCUGCCUCUGGCUGAGACUGGGAACCAACAACAGAGUUCCUCUUCCAAAUCUGCUGCACCUGCACCGUCCCACAGCAAGUUAUCAAGCCUGGACCAGAAUAAAGCUCCUGUGCAGCAAGAGAAAAGGCAGCUUUCAUCCCAGAGCCUGAGUGAGACAGCCCUUCCUAAGCCGAAGUCACAGCCUCAGUCUUUGCCUCCAGCCCAGCCCUCUCAGACCAGGCCGCAAUCACAAGUGGCUCAGCCACAGUCCAAACCUCGUCUAGCAAACCUGAAUUUACCUCAGUCCAAGCCAGGCUCUAAAACUCAGAACCAACUGGUGUCUGCAGUCCAGCCUCAGCCCACCACUGUGUCGAGUCCCAUGAGUGAGCAGAGCAAGACAUCAUGCAGAUCCCCCAGUUCUAUGAGCAGUGCCAACUCCAGCCUCGAGCGCACCCGCCGUGAGCCUGAUGUCCUUCCUCUACGCAGGACUGACUCCAGUGGGCCUGUUCUUCAGUCCUCUUCCCGCUCCCGCCACUCCUCCUCAUCUUCCACCUCUAAGGCUCUGGCGGAUGACCAGAUGGAGGCCCUUUACGCAGACACCAUCAACCGCCACGAAAACCGCCGCUACAUCCCUUUCCUCCCAGGUUCAGGAAGAGACAUUGACACAGGCUCCAUUCCUGGUGUCGAUGAGCUCAUUGAGAAGUUUGAUGGCAAAGAUGGCAGCCAACAGCGCAGGGGCAGGGCGGGGCGCAGGAACAGGAUCAAUCCAGAGGACAGGAAGCGCUCACGCAGUGUGGAUAGCGCCCUCGGCCUGCGAGAUGGCUCUAGCUACAUGGACACGUUUAGCCGCCAGCGAGGCACAUCGAUGGAGCAUGUCCUGCGGCCCUCACAGCUACGGCUGCAGAAAACAGCCGGCAGUCAGGACUCCUGGCUCACAGCUGUAGAUGGUAAGGUGGACUCCAGGGCUUCAUCUCGUGCCACUAGCGCACCUGGCUCCCCACAGAGCACCAUCUCUAAAGCUGUCGGCUCCAUACAGGGUUACAAAAAGCCACAGACACGCUCCUCUUCAGUACCAUUCACAAGUAAAGAGAGCGAGGACAGUGUCUCCUCAGUUGGAAAGGUUUCGACAACAUUGCUGUCAACAUCACUAUCCAAGCCUUCUUCCACCGCAGACAAAAAGUCCAGUACGGAGGCUGAUGUCCAGGCGACACCCGAUCUUCUGAAAGGUCAGCAGGAGCUUUCACAACAAACACAUGAAGAGACAGCAAAACAAAUUUUGUUCAGUUAUCUUAAGGAUGGAAGCAAUGACAAUGAUGAAACCACGAAGAGAAAGGUCAACCUCGUUUUUGAGAAGAUACAAACGUUGAAGUCUAGAGCCACGGCGAGUUCACAAGACGACAACAAAUCCCUGGACUUUGCUGCGCAGACCAAAGCUCUGCAGGAGCAAAAUGCCGUACUGGAGAAAGAAAUGACCGACCUGAAGAGACAACUUGAGAAGAACCAGGCUGACAAGAGGACAGCAGCAGGUUUGAAAGAGCUGCAGCAGGAGCUGGAGCGGAGUGCAGACGAGUGCAAGCGUCUGAAGGAAAAACUAGCCAAAACAGAGGCCGAGCUCCAGACCACAGUCGAAGAGCUGUUCCAGGUGAAGAUGGAGAGGGAGCAAUACCAGACAGAGAUCAGAGACCUGCAGGACCAGCUGUCAGAGAUGCAUGACGAGCUCGACUCGGCCAAGAAGUCAGCCUCUGAUGGAGAGAAAGACAUCAUUAUGGCGGACAUGAUGCAACUGAAGGUGGAUAUGCAGGAAGUUCUACUGGCCAAGGAGGAGCAGGAAGAGGUGCUGAGGAGGCGGGAGAGGGAGCUGACAGCUCUGAAAGGAGCCCUAAAGGAGGAAGUGGCCGUUCAUGAUCAGGAGGUGGACAAGAUGAGGGAGCAGUAUGAGAAGGAAAUAAGCAGGCUGCAGACGUCUUUGGAGGACGCCAAGCAGAGCAGCGCAGCAAUGGUCCGUGAGAAGGCUGAAGUGGAGGCAGCCAAGGGCGCAGUGGAGGGCCAAGCAGGACGGCUAACCCAAGAGGCUGAGCGGCUGCGCAGACGGGCACAGGAGCUGGAAAAUGAGGUGGCCAAACUCAACCGCAUCAUCGACGAGGCCAAGCUACAGGAGAGCAAGCUGGGGGACAGAGUUGGCCGACUGGAGAGAGAAAAAAAGCAAUUGGAAGAAUCUUUUGCUGAAAUUAAGGAGCAAGAAGAGGAGAUGUCACAUGCCAAUCGAGCAUUGACCAUUCGGUUGGAAGAUGUGCAGAGGAACUUGACCAAACUGAGCAGUGAGCACAAGGACUUGGAGGAGAGGUUACAAGAAGAGAGGGCUCAGAAGGAGCAAUUCAAGAACAUGAAGAACGACAUUGAGGAUGAGAGGAGAUUGCUGGACCGUACAGUGGAGAAACUCCAGAAGGAGAUGAAUGACAUUGUGGAUGCGUCCCAGUCGUCCACUCGGGAGCUGCAGGAGCAGAUUGAUAUUUAUAAAGAGAAGAACCGUCGGGAGUUGACAGAGCUGCAGAGGCUUCUGAAAGAGCGAGGACAGGAGCUGGAUAAGUACCUACUGGCUACCAAAACCCUGCAAGAAGAGUUGUCACACCAGGAGAAGGACCUGCAGCGGUGUCAGAGGGAACGAGAUGAGGCUCUGCUCAGGGAGAAGACACUGGAGAAAAAGAUUCACGAUCUGGAGGUGGAGGCUGAGACAAAGUCUCAAGCUAAAGACGACAAAGCUCGACACAUCAAACUCAUGGAGGACAGGGUUGCUCAGCUGGAGUUGGACCUGGAUGAGGAGCGUCAGAGUGGAGACCAGCUGAUGGACAGGAUAGACAGAGGAAGAGAGCAGGUGGAGCAGAUGAGGAAUGAACUCCUACAGGAGAGGGCUAGCAGACAGGACCUGGAGUGUGACAAGAUGGCUCUGGAGAGACAGAACAAAGACCUGAAGAGCAGGGUGUCUCAUCUAGAGGGCUCCCAGAAGUCCAACAAAGAGGGCCUGGUAGCCCAGCUGGAGGAUCGCAUACAGGAGCUGGAGGAGAGGCUGGAGGGGGAGGAAAGGGAGCGUGCCAACCUGCAGCUGGUGAACCGCAGGCUGGAGAGGAGGGUAAAAGACAUGAUGAUGCAAGGUGAAGAAGAACAUCAUUCAAUGCAAGAUCAAAAGGACCAAUUGAAUCUGCGUCUAAAGGCCUUGAAACGGCAUAUGGAUGAGGCUGAGGAGGAGAUCGACCGACUGGAGCACAGCAAGAAGAAGCUGCAGAGAGACCUGGAUGAGCAACAGGAGGCCAACGAGCAGCUCCAGAGCCAGCUCAAAGCUCUACGAAGUGAGAUCAGGCGUAAGAGCACCUCUGCUCCGCUGCUCAACAAUCUGGACGACGACGAUGACGACGAUGACGAUGACAUCAGCACCGAUGGGGAGACGUACUUCAGCUCAUCAUCGGGGUACAAGCGCUCCUCAAGUCAGGACAACAUGUUGUCCACCUUCACUUUGUAAACUAACCCUGAGGUCGAGGGUAAAGCUGCUUUAUGUGCAUCACUGUUGGACCAAAUGGCUGGAGAUCCGUGCCAAGUGCUUUUAAACAAAACUGUAGAUAUUACACCGAAACAUCUGUGUAAAUACUUUCCAGCGAUUUGAGAUCACUGAAAUGUUUUUUGGUGAAAAUCUACACUUUAACAGAGUUCACAUAAUUCUCCAGGAUAUGAAUUCUGGGUAAAAUCCCAAUGUCCAUAAAUUCACUCAGUAUUAUUUGAGCAGCUCUGAGGUUAAUGGAUGAAAUCCUAAAGGUUUUGAUGUUUUAGCCUGUCCCAUAGAAAUUAAAUGUAUAUACUGUUUAAUUUGGUAAUUUUACGUUCCCACAUUAAGUCUUAUGUAAAUUUGUCAGUUCUAUUCUGAGUGGUUUUUCCUUUGUUAAGAAAUGGAUUACACAUGCUUGUUAAUGAUUAUCCUAGCAUUAGUAAACUUGAAAACACUCUUUAAUGCACUGUAAAACGACGCAACCAGUACUGCCUUUGUGAACAAGUUAUUAACCCUUAUGUUUUUAUGCCUAUCAAAUAUGUCACAUUUACAUACAAAAAUUUAUAUUUAGAUACUGUAUCAUUCUGCCAAAUAAAAUAUAUUUACCUUUUUUUAAAGAAUGAAGAUCAAAUCCAAUAUAUGAAGUGAGGAGUGCCAGGAUAUGUAUAUUUUUAUUUAUUCAUGGUUAAAUAUACAAAAUCCUGGCCCAGUGAGGGAUUUAGGGAACAGUAAAUGAGGGACUUUGUACACAUCCAUUUUUAUAAAGUUUUAUAUGGUUUGAUGACAAAUAAUAGAUCCAUGAAAAUAUUAUCAACAGGCAUUCAUUGUAGUUUUAUCACAGGUUACUCCAAAUAUUAGCAACAUCACAGUAUUGCUUAUACAUCUAUUGGAAAACGCUGCUUCAUGCAAUCAUGUGGAAUACCUAAAUUAACUUUCUUUAGUCUUUUCUGUCAUUGUGGUGUCCAAAUCAGACUUCACUUCAGUUACAGCACUGAGCAAAGCUACACAUAUCAAAACCAUUUAAUCUCUGAAGACAUUAUUAUACUAGAAACACUUUGAUUUAACUUCUAUCUCUGGUGAUUUCUCUCCUGAAUGGGGGGGGUCUGGUUUGAGUCUUUUUGAUUAACCUCAUACAUGUGUUUGAAUUGUGCCACCGUGUACAUAAGGCCCUGCAAUACCUGUAAAAGAGCAUGUGCGGGCCUCCUCUAAUUUUCCUUGAACUGAAUGAGGGAAUUUCUUCAGAUGAGAUAAACUGAUGUUUUUGCUACACUGUGAUGAUUUGCACUCUCUGUUGGCUGAAUAUGCCCAAGUCUGACACCUGCGGAGGGAGAGUGGAUUGAGAUAAAUUCCUGCCACUACCUCUCUGUACACAUUUGUAUGUUCAUAAAUCCUGCUGAGACUAAAAUAAAGUUACUUCCAGUUACUCUCA